AUGCAGAGCAGCCGGACGGGUCAGACAAGAGCGAUUCUGAAUACGGUUCAAGAUCGUUAUAACACCCUACAGCAGAUCGAGCAGCAGAUGAUCGAGCUGGCCCAGCUAUUCCAAGAUAUUGAUGCCCUGAUCCUCCAACAAGACUUUCCCGUUACCCAGAUUGAGCAGAAGGGUGAGGAGGCCGUCCAGAACCUUAGCAAGGGCAACGACGAGAUUGCCGCGGCUGUCACCACUGCAAGGAAAACACGCAGAAAGAAGUGGAUCUGCUUCGGUAUUGUUUUUACCAUUAUUGUCGUCGUAGUAGUCGUCGCUGUGGCCUAUAUAAUGAUCAACAAGGCUAAAGGCAACGAUAUGUCUAAGAGAACCGUUGAGUGA